ACACACACACACAGACUCUCUCUUUCCCACAUUUCAUUUCCCAAUUCUCAGAGAUCUAUCGUCUAGUUUCUCCUCCCUUGUUCUUCAUCUUCUUCUUUCUCUUUGGUUGAGUCUGAGAUAUGAACGAAGAAAUCGGUCCGUCGACGCCUACUUGUUCGAGCUCUACGAAAGAACCAGUCUUUGUUCGGGCAAGAAGAGAGCCAUUCGAGCAUGGACUCCUUCCAAUACCGAAGCUCAUCUUCUCAGAUGGCACAGCAACCCUAGGCCCUUUCAAGGAGAAGUUCAUCCAACACGCUUCUGCUUCUUCCUCUCCCCUCCGAAUCGACGCCGACGGCAUUUCCCAAGUGCUUCAGAUCUCGAUCGAGAAUGCUCGCCUUGUCCUUGACACCCUCGCCGCGGUGUUACCCUCUGAUUCAGACCCUCUAGUCACCGCCAAGCCUGGGGACUUGGAUUAUGUUGGCGCUGAUAUUAACGAUCUGAUUCUCUUCCUUUACAUCCAAUCUUACAAGAGACUUCUCCCCAGGACCCACAAGGAUUCCGCUUCCGUCGCUGAUGUCUGGCCUUCCACUUCCGCCUUCGAUGGUUACCUAUCGGCGCUCUCCCCAUUGCAGCUUGUGCGCAGCAACAGCCGGCGAUUUAUGCCAUCACAAGCUGAUGAAGAGGCGUAUCAGCUAUCUUAUCUACAGAAGCACAUGACAAACAUUCUUGCUCUGCUGGCAGAGUCUAUAGAAGGCGAGAAUGAGGAAUCGUUGGUUUUGACCUUAGAGAGGUUUGAGCACCUUGGGUUUCUCAUGCAAUUCGGUGAAAAAGGAUCUGAAGCUCCAUUGAGCCAAGCUGCACCAUUUUUCGCAAAUUCAGAUCCCGACAUGCCAGCUGUUCCUGUUCCUGCAUCACAAGUUCAUGACUGGAUUCUGCAGAAUAUAACCACUGCUUUAGAAAAUAUAUCUGAAAGAAUUGCUUCAAAAGAAAGUGGGCCACCCAAUAACUCUGAUCAGGAUGUUGCUAUGGCUGAUGCAUGCACAAGUUCAUUCAAGGGCUCAAGUGGUAUGAGAAGUCCUAGCUUUGUAGAGGGAAUUUCCAAAACUUCAAUUGUAAAGCAAGCAUCUGAUCUUAAAGGCUCUUCUGUAAAGGUUUUAAAUUGUCAUGACUCAGUGAUCUACAUAUUGGCACCUUUAAGAUAUGCCACUGUUUAUGGGUGCUCUGAUGCUACUAUAGUUCUUGGAGCCAUUGGCAAGGCUGUAAGAGUGGAGCACUGUGAACGUGUGCAAGUGAUUGUGGCAGCUAAACGUAUCUACAUUGCCAACUGUCGCGAGUGUGUGUUCUUCCUGGGUGUAAAUCAGCGACCACUUAUUCUUGGUGAUAACCAUAAACUGCAGGUGGCUCCAUAUAAUACAUUUUAUCCACAACUGGAGGAGCACAUGAAUCAAGUUGGUGUUGAUGCAACUAUCAACAGAUGGAAUGAACCCCUGGUGCUGGGUAUGGUUGAUCCUCACGAUUCAUUAUCUCAUCCCGCAGGGGUCUCUGAUGUUCAAGCUGAGUCUGCUACAUGCCUUGAUCCUGACCAGUUCACAAAUUUUUUGAUUCCUAAUUGGUUUGGAGGCGAAUCACCUGCAUCCACAAAGCACAACCCUUUUCCAUUGCCUGAGAUUUAUACGGCCUCUCAACAGAAAAAUCAUCAGAAUCUAGGAGAGAUUAAGCAAGCUUUGAGAGAUCUGCACCUUGAAGAGAGCCGCAAACGGGAAUUAUCUUGUGCUCUCCAUAUCUACUUUAAAGACUGGCUUUAUGCAUCUGGAAAUAUCCGUCAGCUUUACUGCCUACAAGCUGACUGAGGUUGUACGAUAUUUUUGCAUUAUCAGGUGCUUGGAAGAGGUUGUAUAUUUAGCUUUCUGGUUCUCCAUAUCUUCCAUUGACCCUUUGUGUCACCUUACUCUGUGACCCCGCAUGGAGUGGAAUCAUUCAUUUGUAGUGUCGGCGACGCACCUAUUUAUAUAUUGACAGCAUUGCACAAAAAGGCAAGGGAAAAUGUGUGGUUGAAUCUUCUGUAUGUCUUAUUUAACCAAGUUUUACUCUGAAAUUGAGGUACAGGUAUCCAUUACUGCUUGAACUUAAUUGAAUAGAAAUGUCUGCUGCUCAUUUUUGCAGCAUAGAUUGAAUU